CAGUGGGCAGCACUCCUUUGGCUUUGGGGCUGCCUGAAGACAAGUGAGCAGAGCAGAAAAACCAUGAGUACCGUUUCCAAGGAUUCCUUGAAGACUUCCCUGUUGCAGUUAGAAUGUCAUUUUACAUGGGCUUUGCUGAAGAAGCAUGUAAGUCUUGAGGCCCUAGAGGAAACCAUACUUGAUCAUAUCAAAUUUUUGGUAGGAUAUGAGAUUAGAGAUUAUAAUAUGCUCUCCUAUGUAAAUCACCUAAAGAAUUCAAAUGAGGAAGCCCUGGAAAACCUCAAAAAAGCUGAAGAAGCUAUUCAAAAACGUCAUCCAGAUGAAAUUGCCAGGAGAAGUCUUACUACCUGGGGGAACUAUGCCUGGAUCUAUUACCACAUGCAGAGAUAUGAAGAAGCUCAAACUUAUGUAAGCAAAGUGGAAAACAGCUGCAAAAAGCUUUCAAGUACUGCUGAUGGGAAGAUUCAGCUUCCAGAGAUCUACGCUGAGCAAGGAUGGGCAUUACUGCGUUUUGGGAGGAAUUACUUUGAGAGGGCAAAGAAUUGCUUUGAGAAAGCUAUGAAGAGUGAGCCUGAUAACCCAGAUUUUAACACUGGCUAUGCAACAGCAAUGUAUCGCUUGGAAGGUGACGCUCAGAGGUAUGGUGGAGAGGUAAGGCCAUGCCUCGACGCCCUGAAGCAGGCAGUGGAACUGAAUCCAAAAGACACUACUAUAGCAGCAUUAUUUGCAUUAGAACUUCAGCGAUUAUGUCGAGGUAAUGAAGGGGAGAGGUACAUUGAAGAAGGACUGCAGAAAACCCCUGACUUUCCUGUUUUCCUGCGACAUGCUGCUAAUUUUUACAGAAAGAAAGGAGAAGUGAACAAGGCAGUGGAGAUUUUGAAGAAGGCCCUAGCACUGACGCCAAAGUCUGUCGUUCUGCAUCACCAACUAGGACUCUGCUACAAAUUCAAGGCACUUCAAUUGAAAAGGACAAGACACUCACCUCAAGAGGAAAUGGCGAAUCUUGUGCAGCUUGCCAUUUUUCAUUUUAAAACAGCGAUUGACAAAAAGCCAGUAUUUUUUAAUGCCUAUAGAGACCUAGCAAUCACAUAUGCAAUAGGCAAGAGGUAUGAAGAAGCAGAAGAGAUAUUUCAGAAAGUGCUUCAGAGAAAUGAUGUAGACUGUGAUGAAAAACAAGAUAUCUACUUCAAUUAUGCCCAUUUUCAGCAGUUUCACAUGAAGUCAGAAUCAAAAGCCAUUAAAUAUUACAUAGAAUGUCUGAAAAUUGAAACAAAUUCCUAUUCAAGAAAAAAGUGCAGUGAAGCUGUGGAGACAUUAUUGAAACAGAAAAUUGAGAGCGGUUUAGGAGAUGCCACCAAUAUUGGUACACUUGGACUCGUUCAUAACCUAAAUGGUAAGAAACAAGAAGCAAUUGAAUGCUAUGAGAAAGCCAUUGCUUUGGAUCCCAACAAUGAAGAAUAUCUCAAUGCAUUAGCUGAGCUACAACUUUCCAUCUCAAGCUAAAGCUCACAAAAAUCCUGUGUACCAAAAAAUUGUGUACCCCAAACCGAGGAGGUUUCAACACUCUCAAAACUUUUUUUGUUUUUUGUUUUUCUUUUGAAGGUAGACAUUAUGACCAAAUGGAAUACAGAUGGCAUCACUUUACACUCAUACUAUAGAAACUGCAGACAACGAUCGUUGAUUUGUUCAUUCACUAACAGAGCGCAUGCUUGGAUAGCUAUAUAAUAUAUAUUUAUAGGUAAUCUAACUUGGUAUAAAUGUUGUAUUUAAGCGAUGGUCUGUAGAACUUCUAUGCUGAAAUCAGUUAUUACCUUCUGCUUAGAAAAAGAUAAGAGAAUCAUAUUGUUGUAUUUUGUCUGUAUACUUGAAGGGCAUGUUUACACACAAAUAGAAUUUUGGAAGCUUUUUUAAGUAUUUCAAAAGUAUCUUUUGUAGAAGAAACUUCUGUUGAAGGCUUGUUCAGUUUACUACUUUGUAUGCUGUUUAAUUAUGAAAAAUAAACUCUGUUUAGCUAGUCCACUGGAAAGCUUACAAAACGUGUAUUAUUGUUGUGAGCUAUUAAAGUCUGUUGAAUCUGUGAA